AUGGGGGAGCCCCGGGGGCCGGCGCUGCGCGAGGCGGAGCAGGCAGGUGAGCCGGCCCAGCGGGGCGGGGAGGAGCCGCCGGGGAGGCCGGGAGGGGCGAGGCCGAAGCUGCUCCGGCGGGCAGGUGCGCGGAUCGGGGCGCGCAGCUGGCGACGCGCCUCCCUCGCCAUCCUCGGCUCUUCUUGCAAGCGGCGCCUCGCCAUCCUGCAACUCUUCUUCCCCGCAGUCUCCGGCUCGGACGCCCCCCCUCCCCACCCGGGGUGCUCUUUUCUCCAGUGGGGCGCCGAUCUAAGCUCCCCUCCCCAAAAAAACCCCAGCUCUCAUUGGAGACACAUCCAGGGAUCUAGCAGCGUCGGUUUUCAGCUGCCCCACCCGCCUUGCGCGCCAGCUGCGGGCGCUUUUCUUCCAGGAGGGGCAGAAUAAAAGGGGGCUGGAUCCUACCCGCCCCAGAGCGCGCCCUUCUCCCUCCAUCUGAGCCAGGUAAGGAGAAAAUAAAAGACCCUCUUUCUCCCCGCCGGACUUUUGUUCUGAAGCUUGCUGCUCCUCCCACUGUUGACGGUUUGUGGGUUUUAAAAAAAUAUAUCAUUUUUUCUUGUUGUUUACGCUGAAGUACCCGAGGCGCUGCAAGGCGAUUUCGUGAAUACAAGGGGGAAAGUAGGCUGGGAAGCGCCUCCUGAUCUGGCAAGACUUGAGCGCCGCUCGUCAGAAGUCAGCGCCCCUUCGUUCCUUGCAGCUAAUUCCCAGGGAAUUAGUUCCUCGCAGCUAAUUCCCACCUUUAGUUCUGCCAUUUUAGCUUGUUUUAAACUGUUUUCUUUAUCAUGUUAGGGUUGUGGUUGUUGUAACCCAGCCCAGGGACCUUGUUGUAAAGGAUGGGUGGGUGUGUAAAUAAAUUGGAAUCAAUAAUAAAAAUAAAAUGUUGUUUUUGAAAGUGUGCCGAGGUGGGUCUCGAACCUCCGGCUGGAAGUCAGCAACUUCCAGGAGGCCCUCGGAUGCUUCGGACUACAGUUCCCGUCUGGAGCUGGUGGGAGUUGUAGUCUGAAAUGUCGGAGUGGGGGUGUGCCAGGUUGGGGGAGGCUGUUGUAAAGCUUGAGGUAAUCAUCCCUGCAUUUCCAUGCUAUCCCCAGUCCCUGGCCGGGGCAGACAUAUUGCUUGCAAACUGAGCCCAUCCCAUUGCACAAGCAAUCCAGGAGGAUGCUGGGUGUGUGUGUGUGUGAUAUUUCAAAGCGAGUUGACAGGUAGGAGUGGCUCACUCAGAGUCUUGGACCAUGCACAGGCGACGCUGCGCUGCACACAAUCCAUGCGCCAGAUCCUGGCCUUCUCUUUGCACAUUGCAAGCCGGCCUGCGUGCAUCCUUCUCGGUACUUGGAGCUGAGCGACCCCUGGCUCCCUGGGUGCAAUGUGUGUAAAGGGACCCCUGACCGUUAGGUCUAGUCACGGGUGACUCUGGGGUUGCGGCGCUCAUCUCGCUUUAUUGGCCGAGGGAGCCGGCGUACAGCUUCCAGGUCAUGUGGCCAGCAUGACUAAGGCACUUCUGGCGAACCAGAGCAGCACACGGAAAAGCCAUUUACCUUCCCGCCAGAGCAGUACCUAUUUAUCUACUGUGGUACCUCUGGCUAUAUACACUUCAGGUUACAUACGCUUCAGGUUCCAGACUCUGCUAACCCAGAAAUAGUACCUCAGGUUAAGAACUUUGCUUCAGGAUGAGAACAGAAAUCGCGUGGCGUCGCGGGGAUUCGAACCGCCGACCUUCUGAUUGGCAAGCCCUAGGCUCUGUGUUUUAACCCACAGCGCCACCCGCUCUGCAAAACUUCGUGAAACUGAUGGACCCAGAUGGGCUGGCAUUCAUCGUUUGUCUUAUUCAGGAUGGAGGGAUAGGAGAGUCACUUUUUGCCCUUCUUCAGGAAAGGCCCCCUAUUGGGUUGCCUAGAAAAGCUUCCGAGUCGCCCCAGGCGAGUGUGCAUUCUAAACCAGAAAGGGCCUGGCUGCUUUUGGGCUUCCCAGGAAGGUGGGGUUGGGUGCUUUCCAGACACAGGAUGCUGGCCUGAAAAGGCCUUUGGUCCUACCCAACAGGCCUCUGCUUCUCCUUUCCGGGUAGAACAACACCUAGAAAACUGUUGGGGUUGAAUCGACGUCACAGCUGCAAGCAGAUUGCCGUUGUCCUGCUGGAUGCAGCAGCCUUUUCCAACCCUGGCUCCCCCAGGUGCUGUUGGACUACAACUCCCAUCAUCCUUGACGAUUGCCAUGCUGGAUGGGAAUGAUGGGAGUUGUAGUCUAGCAACCUCUGGGGACCCAAGGAUGGGAAAAGCUGGUGUAGCAGUUGGGGCAGAGUCGCAGAGCCUAGUUCCGAUGGAAAGGAGAGGUGUGUCUGUGGACUGGAGCUCUCCCAAGUCUUCCAGUUAGUGUCCGGCCCAAUUUAAAGUGCCAGUGCUGACCGAUGAAGCCUUUCACAGCUCAGGACCUCAAUACCUUAAGAACUGCCUCUCCUCAUACAAAUUGACCAGGGCCUUGCAAUCAUCAUCUGAGGUCCUUCAUGAGAAGUUCGGAGGGCGGCAACACAAAAGCGGGGCCUUAUCAGUGGUGGCUCCCUGUCUGUGGAAGUCUCUCCCCAGAGAGGCUUGCUUGGAGCCUUCAUUACGUGUCUUCAGGCGCCAGGCGAAAGCAGUCCUCUUUACCCAGGGGUCUUCAGCCGUUAAAUAAUCUAUGGCCUGUUAAAACUGGGGUGGGGGGCUGUUAUGACGAUUAUUUUGUUACUGGGCCGCAUAAAUGAUGUUCUUAAUGUUGCACACAUUAACUCAGCCUUCCCCAACCAGGUUUGCUGGUUGCCUCGUUUCAAAAAGGGCAUUAUAUGGUUAGAAAAGGGCAACCAAAAUAGGGGCCACUCCUCUGUGAAGAACGGUUGCAACAUUUUGGACUGUUUAGUUUAGAGAAAAGGCGAGUAAGGAAGCAACAUGAUGGAAGCUUAUAAGAUAAGGCACGGCAUAGAGAAAUUGCCUAGAGAAAGGUUAUCCUCCUCCCUCACGACUCGUGGGCAGCCAGGGAAGUUGACUGAAGAUUCAGGAUGGAGAAAACAAAGUCCUUCUUCAUGCACUGCCUAGUUAGCCUAUGGAACUCCCUCCCACUGGAGGCACGGAUGGCCGCCAACUUGGAUGGCUUUGAAAAAGAAUUUGACAGAUUAAUGGAGGAGGAUAGGGCUAUUGAUGCCUAUUAGCUCUGCUCUCCCCAGUUGGAGGCAGCAAAACGUCUCAAAACCAGAAGGAGAGGGCUCUGUGUUCGAAUCCUGAUUGCAGGUUUCCCAUAAUGGGCGUCUGGUCGGCUACUUUGAAAGAGGAUGCUGGACCAGAUGGUUCCCUCUUUGGCCUGAUCCAGCAACCUCCUCUUAUGUUCUGUUGUAGUCGAAAACAUCUGGAAGAUCCCUAGGUGGGAAAGGCUGCCCUGAGUCAAUGAUCUGGCGUGUUUUCUCGCCUUCUUAAGCACUCACUUCGUGUUUUUUGCAUGGAGGCAGAGAACUCUCUGCCAGCAAACGCGUCUCGGCUUGUUCUGGCGGGCGCGUCCGCUGGCGGGACCUGUUCUGGCGAGAGCCGAGGUGGCGAAGGGAAGCUGGCGGGGCGAAACCUUCCCAAGAGGUGAGAAGGGAGCCGGCCAAACCGUCUCCCGUGGGGGUCCGCCAAACCUCGGACUAAGCUCAGCUUGUCCGCUGCAGUUUAUCUCCUGUCUGGCUGGUGAGAUCACCAACCUUUUUUCGGGUGGGGUUUUUACUUUGUAUUGCUAAAUCCCAAACUUAGAGCAAACUUGCAUCCAGUGCCAGAAAAUAUUGCAGGUGUUAAUUUUCCUCCCCAUAACAUUUCUGAAUUUGGGUUCUUUUAAUAAAAAGCAUUGGAAAAAUCUGAUUCCCAGCUCCCAGUUAGUCCUUUAGAAUUUUAGAGUUUUAUUUGGUAGCGUAUAUUUUUUAACCGAAAACAUAUAUUGAUAAUUUUUAGCUUAAUUUGCUUGUUAGCAUUCGAUCUUAUAAUAAGGAUGAACAUUUUAUAUUCCAAUGUGCAAACUGUUUAAGGGAUGAUUUAUGCAACAUAUAAAUCCUGUCGAAUAAAAAUAAAAUAAGCGAUGGAUUCUGGCUUAGUGGAUCGAGAGCAAAAAGAGAGUAGGGCUUGGAACUGGCCCUGAAAUAAUGAUAAUUUUAUUACUGCCCUUCGGCUUGGAAUCAACUUGAUCCCCUUCCCCUCUUUCCUUUUUCCUUUCUCCUUCUGUGAUGGAACUCCUAUUUGGGGACUUCCCUGGCUUUUUUCUGGCCCACGUAGGACCAGUCCGGAUAGUUGGCCUUGGUGAAGAUUUGACGUUUUCAUCCCCAAAAAAGUUUUUGAUUUGAGUUUCUACUGAAAUGAGGCUGCAUUUUAACGUUGUAGUUUAAUCUUGUUUUUAAGUUGUAUUUUAAUCAAUUGUUUUUAUAACUGGUGUUGCCGCCCUUAGCUCUGUCUUGAAUGGGGAGGGCAGGGUAUAAAUAAAAUUUAUUAUGAUUACAGUGGUUAAGAACUUAAUUCGUUCCGGAGGUCCGUUCUUAACCUGAAACUGUUCUUAACCUGAAGCACCACUUUAGCUAAAGGGGUCUCCUGCUGCUGCCGUGCCGCCGCCACUCGAUUUCUGUUCUCGUUCUGAAGCAAAGUUCUUAAUCUGAGGUACUAUUUCUGGGUUAGCGGAGUCUGUAACCUGAAGUGUAUAUAACCUGAAGCGUAUGUAACCCGAGGUACCACUGUACAGUAAUGCAUCAAACAUUAAAAGCUUCCCUGAACAGGGCUGCCUUCAGAUGUCUUCUGAAUGUCUGGUAGUUUUUUAUCUCUUUGACAUCUGGUGGGAGGGUGUUCCACAGGGCAGGUGCCACCACCGAGAAGGUCCUCUGCCUGGUUCCCUGUAACUUGGCUUCUCGCAGUGAGGGAACCGCCAGAAGGCCCUUGGAGCUGGACCUCAGUAUCCGGGUAGAACAAUGGGGGUGGAGAUGCUCCUUCAGAUAUACAGUGGUACCUCGGGUUAAGAACUUAAUUCGUUCCGGAGGUCUGUUCUUAACCUGAAACUGUUCUUAACCUGAAGCACCACUUUACCUAAUGGGGCCUCCAGCUGCCAUCACGCCGCUGGAGCACGAUUUCUGUUCUCAUCCUGAAGCAAAGUUCUUAACCCGAGGUACUAUUUCUGGGUUAGCGGAGUCUGUAACCUGAAGCGUAUGUAACCUGAAGCGCCUGUAACCCGAGGUACCACUGUAUUAUUAUUAUUAUUACUUAUACCCUGCUCACCUGGCUGGGUUUCUGAGUCUGCGCAGAGUGCCAAUCAGCCCUCACUGCUGGGAUCGGAGGAGAAGCUACAUUCUCAGAAGCCGCAACUCGGGCCUUGACCCCAGCACCUAUUUUUCUCUUUCCAGAAGCUGAGCAUCGCCCAAAGGGCGGAGACACCACCUUUGGGCUCCUCUUCCCCUCUCCUUCCCGGCUGACUUGA